AUGGGCGAGCCGGGACAAAGGUCAGUUCACCUGGUGGCUUGCGAAGCUGAGGACGUACCGAAUAUCGCUCCUCACCACAACACAACAAUGCAGAAGACCUUCUACGAGACUUACCCAUCCCAACCUACCUACUACGAGAACGCCUUCAACAACGGCUAUGGCUACGACCCCGGGGCGUGUGGCCAGUUUUACGACGAAUAUGCGGAGUACCGAGCAGCAUAUGGUCUAGCCCCCAACAUGUUUCCUCAACAUAUGAUGAUGACCCAGGGGCCCCAGCCCGAUUAUAGCUCUUACGCGACGGCGCAGCAAGUCGGCUACGGUGAGCCGGGCUUCACCAAAGAGUAUAUAGCAUGGGCCAAAGACCACCCUCGAGGCCAGGAAAAAAGGAGCUCUACGCCCAUCGACGCCCACCAGCAGCCUCCCGGCCCGGGUCAGAUGACACCUCUCCAGCAGCAGCACCAGUCCACGGCAACACAGGGACAACCUCCUCAAGUAAUUACUCCUCCCAAUCAACUGACGCCCAUCUCUCUGCCUUCAGGCUCAGAUUACGAGGUCAGCAGCGAUGUUGCGGGAUUGAACACCAGCGCUGCCGCCCUGCCCGGAGGCGGUCCUGCCAAGCGAGCACGUACGGCCUACACUUCAGCCCAGCUCGUCGAACUGGAGAAAGAGUUCCACUUCAACCGUUACCUGUGUCGUCCAAGGCGAAUAGAAAUGGCGGCGUUGCUCAGCUUGACUGAACGGCAGAUAAAAAUAUGGUUUCAGAAUCGUCGAAUGAAGUAUAAGAAGGAUCAGAAAUCUAAAGGAAUACGCGACAGGAGCCCCAGUUCACCGUGUGCAUCGCCUGCUGUCUCUAUGCCAGCCACAUCCCCUUCAGGCGAGGUCAACGCCGUCUCUCCAGUCAACCAUUGCCUCAGCGGGGGUCAUCUGGUUAGUCAGCAGCAGUCGUCGCACGGGUCUGGAGUGUCCCGUCCUCAGCAGCAGCAAGAGGCUCGUCACUACUUCCCUAGCAGCUGCAGCGGGCCCAAUCAGCACAACAGAUCCGGUAUGGUCGCCUCUGUGACGGGACACCAUGGACCCAUGCCCCACUACAUGGGGCCCACGAACUUCUCUCCCGCCGUCAGCAUGCACGAAAUGCAAUUGACGGGGCAGGGUCAUAUAUAUCAACACAACAUGCAUAUGCCCUGCCCACCGCCCCUACAAGAGUACCCACCCUACGCUCAAUCGCAACAAAUCAGGCACGUGAGCCACGAUGCGAGAAAGCCGGCACUGACCAGCCUGUAG